AUGAAUUCUGUUACUGUACUAUGUAUGUUAAUGUUAAGUGCAAAUCUAUGCUUUGCAAAUGAUAUCUUAGGAUGUGGAGGAUUCGUUAAAAGUCACGUAGUUUUAGACUUAUCUAAUAUUGAAAUUGGACUGUAUACCAAAGAAGGAAUUUUGGUAGAAAAAACAGAAUGUGCACCCACAAAUGGGUACUAUUUUGUACCACUAUAUGAAAAAGGAGAUUACGUGUUAAAAGUUCAUCCUCCAGCUGGUUGGAGCUUUGAUCCAUCUGAAGUAGAAUUAUCAGUUGAUGGAGAAACAGACCAAUGUUCAAAAGGCCAGGAUGUAAACUUUUCUUUCAAUGGUUUUGGCAUUACGGGUAAAGUAAUCACUGCAGGCAAAGAGUCUGGUCCCAGUGGUAUAUCUGUACAGUUAGUAAAUGAUAAAGGUGAAAUAAGAAACACAGUUACCAGCUCUGGUGGAGAAUUUCACUUCACCCCAGUAAUACCUGGCAAAUAUGUGUUAAAAGCUUCCCAUAGCAGAUGGAAACUAGAGCCAGCCCAAGCUAAUGUGGAUGUAAAAGAAGGCAACACAGUUCUGCCAGUUGGAGUACUAGCAGUGAAAGGCUAUGAUGUCACGGGUUCUAUUUUAUCUUUUGGUAACCCUAUGCCUGGUGUUCACGUACUCUUGUAUUCUAAAGAGGAAAACCCUAAAUUCAGAGUGGAAGGUUGUAAAACGGCUUUACUCCAAGGUGUUCCAGAUUCACCGAUAUGUUAUUCUAUAACUGAUCAAUUAGGAGAAUUCAGCUUUGGGCUGGUGCCAGCUGGGCAAUAUAAACUGUUAGCAAUGAGCAAGUCUCCAGGGCAAGCUUCUAUAACUUACAAUAUCAAACCGGAAAGUGUUUCAUUUGAUGUUAUUCAUGACAGUCAAUACAUCAAGAGUGCAUUUGAAGUUACAGGAUUCACAGUCGUAGGGUCUGUCAUAGCCGCAAAAGGAGGUAAAUCAAUGCCUGGAGCUCGUGUGUCUGUGAAUGGUCAAGCUGUAGGGACAACGGACUCUGCUGGCAAAUUCACACUUACCUCAAUGACUCCUGGUGUUUAUACUGUCACUUUGCAACAUGAGCAUUGUGAGUGGGAGCCCCUCGAAGUGGUAGUGACGUCGAGCGGUGUGAGUGGUAGUGUUCAGGCGGUGGUGUCCCGUUGGCGAGUUUGCGGUUCCAUCGCCCCCGCCCCCACUCCCCCCCGCACUGUCACUCUGCGCUCCACGGCCACCACUGUACUCGUUUCUAGCGAUGCUGAUGGCAAGUGGUGUACGUUUCUACCGACAGGCACGUACACGGCGCGCGUAGACGUCUCCGAACAAGAGCAUAGAGAUGGGUUACAAUUCUACCCAGAAUGGCUGCAAGUGGCGGUGGAGGGCGAAGCCGUGUCGGGCGUGUCGUUCUCUCAGCUGCGAGCGCAGGUGACGGGUCGGGCGCUGUGCGGCGACGACUGCAAGGGGCUCCGAGCCGCCCUGCGAGCGCUGGCCCCCGACGGCCGCUACCUCGGGAAACCCACCCACGUGCCCAUCGAGGAGGACGGCUCGUACUCGUUCUCGGAAGUGCUCCCGGGCAGCGUGGAGGUGUCGGUGGAGGGCUCCGUGGUGUGCUGGCAAGACUCGGCGCACAACGUGGCCGUGGUGUCCGCUCAGGCGGCCGUGCCCGACUUCGUCAUGAGCGGCUUGGUGCUCAGGGUGCACAGCUCGCACGACAUCGAGGUGGAAUACAAAAGCGGAGACGUCCAGGGUGUGAUCUCGGUCCCGGCCGGGCCGAGUGAGCAAUGUCUGCCUCGUGCCCGCUCUUACGAGUUAACGCCGCGCGGUUGCCACAAAGUGGAACCUGCGCAAGCGACUGUCACCUUCCAACGGAGCCAAGUACCUUCCGUAGAGUUCUCGGCCCGUUCUCACUCGGCCACGGUGCGCGUCAUAUCUCCGAAGGCGGCCGAUCUGACGCUUCGGCUCGAGACUGACGCAGAAGCCGCGAUCGUCAAACCGGCUCACACCAAAACUGACGCCGGACACGUCUACGAACACACCCUGUAUUUGGCUCAGGGUGAAGUGGUGACCGUGGUGCCCCAGUCGAGCGAUCUGCUCUUCACCCCGAGCGAGGAACGCCUGGUGGGCUCCGGCCGAUGUGAAGUGGCCCUCACGGUCCGGGCUGCGCCCGCGCUUACCGUUUCCGGUCGCAUCGACCCACCCGUGGCUCAGGUCACUGUCACUCUCGCUUCCGAUGACAUAAAGUUGACCCAAGUAACGAAAGAGGACGGCGUGUACAGUUUCGGUCCGUUGGCGGCGGACAAGCGAUACAGUGUUAGCGCCGAAAAGGACUCCUAUUCGUUCGGCGAGGCCGACGCGAAGGGAAUCAUCGCCGCACACAAAUUGGCCGAAAUACAAGUGCUAUUGAUCGAUGACGCCGACGAGACCCCACUCGAGGGGGCGCUAGUGUCCGUGUCCGGAGGGUCGUACCGUCGCAACGUGGCCAGUGGUCCUUCGGGCCGGAUCGCGUUCGGCUCUCUGCCCGCGGCGCAGUACUACGUCAAGGCCAACAUGAAGGAGUACCGCUUCACCCCUCCUCAUCACAUCCUCACCGUUAUCGAUCAGCCGCAGAUGCAGACUUCGCAGUUGGUGUUCAGAGGUUCCCGUGUGGCAUGGUCGGUGUCGGGUCGCGUGGUGUCGUUGGGCGGGGCAGGCGCCGGGGGCGUGGCCAUCAGGGCGAAGGCCACCGAGGCGUCGUCGCGGUGCCUCUCGCAGGACGCCACGGCCUCCGACUCCGGGGACUUCAGGAUCCGGGGGCUGGUCCCGUCGUGCGUGUACGUCCUAGAGCUGAAGGACUCCGCGUCGCCUGACCUCGCGGGGACCAAACUAGUGCGCGCUCAUCCGCCCAUAGAGGUUCACGGCAAAGACAUAGAGAACGUGCGACUGAUCGUGAUGCAACCGACGCAGUUGACGGACGCGAGCGUACUCGUGCACGCGGACUUCGAGCACUAUCGCACUCUGAAGCUCACGCUGGCUUUGGACAACACCAAGCAACCCAUUUACUCCACUAAGGUCGAUCCCUCGGGAUAUAGUGCGUCCUCCAACCCGGGCGUGAUGUUCGUGCUGCCUCGUCUCCAAGCCGACAACAAGUCGUACGUGGUGAACGUGGAGUCUUCGCUCUCCAAAGGCACGCACUCGUACGAGGAGCCGGCCGUCUACUUCUUCUCGGACGGGAAAUACAAACAUUUCGACAUACAUUUCGUGGCCAAGGUGAAAUCGUCGGAACAAGAGCUCCGCGCCAGCUCCUUCCUACUGGUUCCGCUGCUCCUCGCUCUGGUGGCCGCGUACUUCCAUCGCGACAAGAUCUUGGCCAAGAUCAAAGCCGACUACGCCACGAAGAAGCUGCCCAGGAAGAAGGCCCAGUGA